CUUGAUAUCAAUUUCAAACAAUUCUAUUAUCAUCAUACGCAAUAUAUCCAAUAAACAUCAAGUCAUUCUUCAUUCAAUUCGUUUCCAUAGUCACAAAUCACAAGACAACCCAAAUGGCGUUUUUAAGAACGGAAAAGUACAUUUACUCGAGUCAUGACUCAUGACUCCCGACACCUUCCAAUAUUCCAUGAAGAACGAAGUUGAAAGAGCAUGAACUUGUAAAGUCUUAAACCCUUUGAAAAUAAAAACAAGUACAAAUGAUUUCUCAACUAUCAAAUUGCCGCCUCCUAAUUAACCAUUCUCCUCUAAUCUUCUCUCCUUCCUUAAUCAAACCCUUAAACAUUCAAACCCUCAGACCUUUCUCUUUCUUCACUGUCUUCUCAUCUCUACCUAAAAAUCAAAGAAAUUUACCUUCUUCCCCUGCUAAAUCUCUUAAGGUUAAACCCAGGAAUAAUAGUUCUUUAUCAGAGAAAAAUAAAUCAGAAAAGGGUCCUAAAAUGGCGGAAAUUGAUUCUACUGGAUUCAAUAAAAGAAGGGCUGAAGGUAAAGAUAAGGCUGAUAAACCUAAGAAUCUUCAACGGAAAGUUAGAAAGCUUAAUCCUGUUAAUACUAUUUGUUAUGUUCAGAUUUUGGGAACUGGAAUGGAUACUCAAGAUACAUCUCCUUCGGUCUUACUUUUCUUUGACAAGCAAAGGUUCAUUUUCAAUGCUGGAGAGGGUUUGCAGCGGUUUUGCACUGAGCAUAAGAUUAAGCUGUCAAAGAUAGAUCACAUAUUUCUUUCUCGAGUCUGCUCAGAAACUGCUGGGGGGCUUCCAGGUCUUUUGUUGACACUAGCUGGAAUUGGGGAGGAAGGAAUGUGUGUCAACAUGUGGGGACCUUCAGACCUCAAGUAUUUGGUUGCCGCAAUGAAGGCUUUUAUUCCAAAUGCUGCCAUGGUCCACACCCGUAGCUUCGGUCCGUCACAGGACCUUGAUGAGAUAGCUAUACCUGAUCUUACAAAACUUUCAGAGCCCAUUAACCUCAUUGAUGACGAAGUCGUUAAAAUAUCAGCCAUUCUCUUGAGACCGAGCGAGAAUAAUGAGCCAUCAUCGCGUAGUGCUAGUGAUGAAUCAGGAGUGAUCAUAAAACCUGGAGAUCUGUCUGUCAUUUAUGUUUGUGAGUUACCUGAAAUUCAAGGGAAAUUUGAUCCGGAGAAAGCUAAGGCCCUUGGACUGAAAGCCGGGCCUAAAUAUCGUGAACUGCAGCAUGGCAAAUCGGUCAAAUCAGAUUUUCUUGACAUCAUGGUACAUCCUAGUGAUGUUAUGGAUCCUUCUAUUCCUGGACCUAUUGUGCUUCUCAUUGAUUGUCCUACUACCUCUCAUUUACAAAAUUUAUUGUCCAUGGAUUCUCUAAAUAAAUUUUACAUGGAUUUUUCUGGCAAUCCCUCUGAUAAUGCCAAGGCAGUUAAUUGUGUAAUUCAUUUAAGUCCAUCAUCCAUCACUUGUAGUUUAGAUUACCAAAAAUGGAUGAAGAGAUUUGGUGAUGCCCAGCAUAUCAUGGCUGGACAUGAACGGAAAAAUGCUGAAAUUCCUAUUCUACAAUCAAGUGCUAGAAUUGCUGCAAGAUUGAAUUACUUGUGUCCUCUGUUCUUCCCUGCUCCAGGGUUUUGGUCUCUUAAUAGCACAGACAAUUUGUCAUUGACCUCAAAUUCUGCAACUAUGGGAUCUCAAGCCACUAUCUCCGCCGAGAAUCUUCUUAAGUUCAAUUUGCGUCCAUAUGCAAACCUCGGUUUAGACAGAUCUUCCAUCCCUGCUUCUACUGGUUCGUCUCAAAUCUUGGAUGAGUUACGCGCAGAAGUUCCAGAAAUCGAAGAUGCAGUGCGACAAGUUAGUAAGUUGUGGGAUUUUCCUGUGAAUGCUAAUGGAAUAAUGCAUUCACAGAAUAACUCUGUUAUUGAAGAGCCAUGGUUCGAUGAGCUUGGUCUGCCUAGUUGUUUGCAAAAUAUAACCCGGGAAGUUAUGGAAAUUGUCCUUUUGGGUACGGGAUCAUCCCAGCCCUCUAAGUACCGUAAUGUAACCUCUAUUUACAUCAAUCUUUUCGCUAAAGGAAGCAUGCUUCUUGAUUGCGGCGAAGGCUCGUUAGGUCAAUUGAAGAGAAGAUUUGGCUUAGAAGGCGCUGAAAAUGCUGUGAGAAAUUUAAAGUGUAUAUGGAUUUCUCAUAUUCAUGCUGAUCAUCAUACUGGUCUAGCAAGAAUUCUUGCUCUACGUCGUGAUUUACUUAAAGGGGUUCCUCAUGAACCUUUGUUAGUUGUGGGCCCUGGCCAGCUGAUGAGAUUUCUAAAUGCAUACCAGAGACUUGAAGAUCUAGAUAUGCAGUUUCUAGAUUGCAGGCAUACAACUAAAGCCUCUUGGGAUGCUUUUGAGGCUUCUGUUGAUUCAAAUAAGGACUCAUCGUUUCCUAAUAUAUCUGGAAGUAAUGUCGAUUCGACGUUAUUUGUUAAAGGAAGCCCUAUGCAAAGCUAUUGGAAGAGACCUAGUAGCCCAGUUGGAAAUGCUGCAUCUUUGGAAAGACUGGUUCACUUGAAGAGAGUGCUAGAAGAUGCUGGGUUAGAGAAUUUAUUUAGUUUCCCUGUCGUGCAUUGCCCACAAGCGUACGGCGUUGCCAUAAAGGCAGGUGACCGGAUCAAUGGUGCUGGUGAAACGAUACCGGGGUGGAAGAUAGUGUACUCGGGGGACACAAGACCCUGUCAGGAGCUCAUAGAAGCAUCUCGUGGUGCAACUGUCCUAAUACAUGAGGCAACCUUUGAGGAUGCAAUGUCCGAUGAGGCGGUGGCUAGAAACCAUAGCACCACAAAAGAAGCCAUUGAAGUAGGUGAAGCAGCUGGUGUAUAUCGAAUCAUUCUUACACACUUCAGCCAACGGUACCCAAAAAUUCCAGUCUUUGAAGACGUACACAUGCAUAAUACGUGUAUAGGUUUCGACAUGAUGAGCAUCAAUAUGGCAGAUUUACCUGUCCUUCCGAAGGUUCUACCUCACCUAAAACUUCUUUUCAAAACCGAAAUGGGCAUUGAUGAAUCUGAUGAUGUUCUUCAGGAAGCAUGUAGUGCAGCUUCAUAGUCGCAUUCUUUUCUUUCAUUGAUAUUUUUGAUAAUUCGGAUGGAAAUCCGAGUGAUGAGAAUAGAAGCCAGGUUUACUUGCUUAAGCUCGGUUCGUAGCUUGUAAAUGUUUCCCUACAUGUACAGCUUUACGUUUGACGUGAGACAUUAUUUUAUAGAUCUUUAUUUAUUCUUUACUGAAAUGGUGGUUAAUUUACAACACCAUUUUUUACGAUUUUUUUUGAGUACUUGCAACCCAUGCCCGAGUGGUUCUGGAUUUCCAGCAUCAAUCGGGCACCACAAGAAAGGCAUGGUUUAAGUUUUAAUGCAUAUUCGAUUUUUAAAACAUCGAAGUUAUUAGAGCGGUAAUACAUAUGCAUUCAUCAGAAUUAAAUCGUCUCCGACUAGUCGAAUAAAGGGGAGCAAGUGUAUGUAUAAAGACACAUUGGAUGUUCAAAAACCUAUCUAUCCAACCCAGUGUAUGCCCUCAAAAUACAACCCAAAGGCAUCAAUAGAUGCUAUACAAUCAUAGAGUAACAGACAGAAUCUAGCAGCUCCUCAUUGCACAAAUAAAAUAAGAAAACAGAGCCAGAAAUAUACGUCCAGUGCAACUGAUCAGACGCAAAGAUUGAUUUUAAAGACGCACAACAAAGUGUCCGCAUCCAUCUAUUGUCGCAAUUGCUCCACAAAAUAUAUUCCAGCAACGUCUAAUUCUGAUGAUGAAAUUUUAAAUAUUUUUCUUCGUGAAGUUGCUUAGUCUACAGGGACCUCUACCUCCAUUUUUAGUUCAGAAUUUGCGAAAAUCUGUGAAUAGUCA